AUGACUCAAGGAAAAUCUCAUAAAUCUAAAGAUUUAACACAUUUAUUAUCUGGUGAAGCAAAAUCAAGACAAAAUUCACCAUUAAAAGAUGCAUUUAAAUAUUAUAAGUUACCAGGAAUGACUUUCUUGGGAGGUGGUUUACCAUUAUCAGAUUAUUUUCCAUUUAACAAGAUAUCAGCAGAUGUUCCAACUCCAUCAUUUACAAAAGGAAUUGGUGCACCAUUAACUGAUGAAACUAAAACUACUAUUGAGGUCUUUAAAAAACCCGAGCAAAACGAACCAAACCAAAUUGAAUUAGCAAGAUCUUUACAAUAUGGUUAUACUGAAGGUCAACCAGAAAUUAUUAGUUUUUUAAAGGAACAUACUGAUAUGGUUCAUAAAGUUCCUUAUGAAGAUUGGGAUUUAAUUGCAUCUGUUGGUAAUACUGAAUCUUGGGAUUCAACCUUAAGAACUUUUUGUUCAAGAGGUGAUUCAAUUUUAGUAGAAGAAUAUUCAUUUUCAUCUGCAUUGGAAACUUCCAAUGGUCAAGGAAUUAAUAAUGUACCUGUAACAAUGGAUGAUUAUGGUAUCUUACCAGAAGCAUUAGAAAAAUUAUUAGCCAAUUGGGUUGGUAAUAAACCAAAAUUAUUAUAUACGAUUUCAACAGGUCAAAAUCCAACAGGUUCAUCAUUAAGUGCAGAAAGAAGAAAAAGAAUUUAUGAAAUAGCAUGUAAAUAUGAUAUUAUAAUUGUUGAAGAUGAACCUUAUUAUUUCUUACAAAUGGAAACUUAUACAAAGGAUAAAGAAGCAAGAAAAGCUAAAACAGUUCAUGGACAUGAAGAAUUUUUGAAAGCAAUGGUACCAUCAUUUAUUUCAAUGGAUGUCGAAGGAAGAGUAAUAAGAUUAGAUUCAUUUUCAAAAGUUUUAGCUCCAGGUUUAAGAUUUGGUUGGAUUGUUGGUCAACAAAGAUUAUUGGAAAGAUAUGUAAGAUUGCACGAAGUAUCAAUACAAUGUCCAUCCGGUUUAACUCAAUCCAUGACAAAUUCAUUACUUCAAAGUUGGGGACAAUCAGGUUAUUUAGAUUGGCUAAUUGGUUUAAGAGCUGAAUACACUCACAAAAGAGAUGUUGCCAUUGAUUCAGUGGAAGAGUUUUUCCCCAAAGAUGUUUGUUCAUAUGUACCUCCAGUUGCAGGUAUGUUUUUCACAGUUCAUAUUGAUGUAUCAAAACAUCCAAAAUUUAAAGAAUUGGGUGAAGAUCCAAUUCAAAUUGAAUCAUUGAUUUAUGAACAAGGUAUAAAGCAAGGUGCAUUAAUGAUUCCUGGUUCAUGGUUUAAAUCUGAGGGUCAAUCAACCCCACCUCAAAAGAAUUUACCAUCAAACCCUGCUCAAAAAACUUCGGUAUUUUUUAGAGGUACUUACGCUGCUGUACCUUUGGACCAAUUGGUACUUGGUUUAAAAAAAUUUGGUAAAGCGGUUAGUAUUGAAUUUGGACUUGAUUAA